UUGACAUCUUGUGAAGGUACGAACACUUCGGAAAUAAAUAAAAAUCAUAAAUGAAUUCAAGUUGAUAUUUUGCGUCUAGUACACUCGUAUAUAUUAAACUAUUUGAACAAUAGUAACAAAUGUCUAAGUACCAGGAGAUUGUAAAUUUAAACGUCGGUGGAACAAGAUUCUCAACAUCAUGGCACACACUUACAUGGGUGCCAGACACAUUUUUCACAGCCCUACUGAGUGGCCGCAUCCCCACAGUCAGAGAUGAAAAUGGGGCAAUCUUCAUAGACAGAGACCCAAACUUAUUUGGUUUGAUACUGAACUUUCUAAGGACCCGUGAUAUAGACCUUAAUGAUGUAAACAUAAGAGCUUUCCGGCAUGAAUGUGAUUACUUUGGCAUCACUCCUCUCAGUAGAAGGCUGGCAUUGUGUGAUGAGAUGAAUCACUCCUCUUGUGGUGAUGUUUUGUUCUAUGGAUACCUACCACCAUCAUUAAACACAUCCAUCAGUAACGGCAACAAUGGAAGGAACGGUAACAGUUGCUCAAGGAAGAACUCCACAGCAUCAAGCACAGAGGUACCAGUCAACAGGACACAUUCCAGGAACUCCUCGCUUGACCUGCGCACUGUCGGAAGAAUACCUUCACAGGACCAAUUAAGUCGAUGCGGUAGAGGACACUCAAGGGCCGCUUCUCUCGGCAAUGCAGACUGUCACAAAGGCCACAGACCGCCUGAAAUGAACACAUGGUCAGACAGUAUGAAAGUACAAAUAAUAAAAGCACAUCACAAUUGGAUAGCUGUUGCAUUCACACAUUAUGUCACAGGAUACAGAUUGACAGACUCAUGCGGCUGGUACGUUGUAUUCCAAUCGCCGGUCCAGGAGUCAGUUAUUGAGAGGAUAGCGUUGAACGCGAAGACUGGCGGUGGCGGCGGCGGUUCCAGCGGUAACAACUCGACCGGCACUGACGUCAUGCUCGGUAUCGCGAGCGGGCCGUUUGUGAGACUGUGGGCCUUCUCUACGCAUAGCGAGCCCACUAGGAUGACGCUCAUUGGUACGUUCAACCUCGGUGUACGCGUAGAACAUCUUCUGUUCGUGGGCCCUCAGCUAGUGGCGCUGAGCGGCGCCGCGAGUCGCAGCAAGGCCGGCGUGUGGCACACCAGCACGCAACACUGGCAGACGCAGGAUGUAGCGCAUCUCACUACGUACGACACUGCCGGCUCGUUCCUACUCCUCGGCACUGCUACGGGAGCUAUUAAUUAUAUAGAUAUGCAAAAGUUCCCACUGCGAAUGAAGGACAACGAUCUUCUCGUCACGCAACUGUACAAAGACCCUAACCAAGAACCAAUCACAGCUAUAUCUGUAUACCUCACACCAAAAACUAAUUUAUGCGGCAACUGGAUCGAGAUAGCGUACGGCACGCGCUACGGCUCCGUUCGCGUGAUCGUGCAACAUCCGGAGACGGUGGGGCACGGCCCACAACUGUUCCAGACGUUUACGGUGCAUCAGAGUCCUAUUACUAAGGUAUCUCUAUCAGAGAACUACUUGAUUUCGGUGUGCAGCGAGUACAACCACGUGCGUUCGUGGCGCGUGACGCGGUUCCGCGGCAUGAUAUCCACGCAGCCCGGCACCACGCCCAACGCCGCCUUCAAAGUGCUGGCAUUAGAGGCGCCUACUGCUCAACCACAUAACGACUGCGGUCCAUAUGGAGAACAGGAUGAAGAGCAAAUAUUCAUUCAGAAAGUCGUACCAGAUACGGAUACACUGUAUGUCCGGUUAGCUUCGAAUGGUAAAAGGGUGUGCACGAUCCGCUCAGUGGACGGGUCGGCGGUGUCGUGCUUCGUGGUGGCGGAGUGCGAGGGCGCGCUGCGGCCGCGCCGCCUGCUGCUGUGCGGCCACCGCUCCGGCGCCGCGCAGAUGUGGGACCUCACCGCGCCCAUCGACCGCGCCGCCAAGCCGCCGCCGCCCAGCGCCGCCGCCACCGGCGAAGGAGACGAAUCCCCGACAGCCGACGGCGGUCCAACCCCCGACGAGCUAGUCCGCUUGUUGUCAGCGUGCGACCUGGACGCGGCGCCCGUGCCGCAGUCGCCCAACCGGCCCAUACAGGCGCCAUGAACCUCGCCCCCCUGCCUCUGCGCCGCGCUCAUGGCUUUGUACUCAUUCGUCUUCUAAGGUACGCUCGAUAUUCGUCAUACCUAUGGCAAACGAAUUUGACAUUUUAGACGAUUGAUUCGUGACUAUGUCGUAGAUUUGACAAACUGUGAGUUGAUAUAGUGCUGCAAUUUAAAGAUGUAUAAGGAUUGCCUAUCAAGGGUGAAAGAAUCAUGCACUUCAUAUCUAUUAUACACAUGAGUAAUGAUAGAUAAUUGGACUGAGUUUUGCCAAAAUGUACUAACUACUUUAAACAACAUUUGUGGUUGGUUAUUAGUUGCAGGUGCAUUUUUCCAUUUAUUCAAAAAUGUAUGGCUUGGUUUACACAUACUUUUUUGUGAGAUCUGGGAGAUCUUGGCAUGUUUUGCUGAACAGUAAAGUAUCUCAUUUGGAUUCAUUGCAUGUUAAAUAUUAAUAACUUAUUUUUUGAUAAUUUGUGAGUUGGUUCAUUUUGGAAUAUCUGCGUCCAAUUAAUCACUAGAUUUGUUACUUCAUUGUGACACAAAAUGACCCUUUGAUGGUUAAAACGGUAGAGCCAUUUAUUUUUAAAGAAGAAGAGCCUUUGAUGCUAAAAAAUAAAUACCAUAUAACUUUCAACAUCGAUUGAUAUAGAAAAAUCAUACACAGCGAUAGUUUGACUUAUCGCUUUGUUAUGUGCAGUCUAUAAAAUAAAUAAAAAUGUCUGUAUAUCAAUUUGAUCGAAAUUAAUUGUGAAGAUUUAGAUUUGCUAGUGACCCUUAUGUGUAAAUCGUAUUGUGUGAAGUUUUAUUAGAGAUAUUUGUAGUAAGCACUUUUAUAGAGAGCGAUCAUAUUCGUGCCUUUAAAAAUUACUGUCCUUGUGUAGAUUUCAGAUUUAUGGCUACCUAAUUUAAUUUGUUUAUUUUUUAAUCACCAUGUAUUUGAUUUCGUCACAAAAUUUGUUUAUUUAAUAAUGAAUGUGGAAUGCAAUUUUCCAUUUACAUUAGAUUGUAAAUAGGUCUUGUAUAAAAUUGGAAUACUUUAGCAAAA